GACGAAACGAAGUUUUCAUUCAUUCUUAUUCACCGCAAAUGUGUUGGGAAUUGUAAAAGAAACCUAAAUAAAUAUCUGCUGAGAGUACUGUUAUGUGUAAAUCACGAUAUUUGUUAAUUAUGAUCAAAGUUUACAAAAUAUAAUAUAAUUGAGAAAGAGAUUGUGCUUGUAUUUGGAGUGCUUAUUACACCGAAGUCAUAAAGUUAGGUUAUUCAUGCGAUUUACUAGUUUCCGAGAUGAAUUUCAAUAGAUCUUCCAAUUGGAACUUUAACAAUAGGGGCCGUAGAGGUCGAGGUGGACGUGGCCCAGGACGAGGAGGAUUCGAUCGCGGUCACAGAGGAGGACCCUGGGGGCGUAAUAAUUACAGAGGGCCACCACAAUAUGAGAAUAAACCGUACUGGGGUGACUGGAAUCAAGAUUAUUCAGGACCGGCAAAUAGACACAUGAACCAACAGUGGCAGAACAGACCUAAAAGAGACACACCUGGGGAACGGUUGUCAGAAGAGGAUAUUGGCGUCACGGAGUUUGUUAGUGAUCAUGAAGGAUUUAAUGGUGUUAUCAAAUCUAGAUAUUCCGAUUUCCAAGUAUCAGAAAUAAAUGAUGACGGCCAAGUGGCAAAGUUGACUGAUGAGAAUCCUCCCACUCCACUUGAUGAGACAGUUGACGAAGAUGAAGAUUUGCUCCUCACUAAGUACAACCUCGAAAUUUUGCCAAUGGAUACAUGGGACAGCAUUAAUAAGUUGGUGGUGUCAAAAGGAGAACCUACAGAUAAAGUAGAGAUAGACGUGACUGGAAUGACAAAGGAACAAAGAACUAAAAUACAUGAUGCAGUCAAAAAGGCUUUUGGCGACAGCAUAGUUGGCAGUACUGUGAAUGAAAAUGAUAAGAAAAUAGUUCGCUUUGUCAGAUACCGGAAAGGAGUGCGCAUAGACAACCGAGUCAAGUGGACAUGGCCAGGAGAAUAUGUGUACUUCAUAGUACACAAAGAGAACUGUGACACAAUGGAUGCGGCUGCGAGCAUUGUUGAAAAGUUGAGGAUAAACAUGAAGUCGUCUAUGUUCGGAUACGCGGGCACGAAAGAUCGACGCGCGAAAACUUCACAGUGGUUCAGCGUUCGGCGCAUGGACCCGCGCAAACUUCACGCCGCCACCGCGGCCGCGCCCAGGAUACGCGCCGGGAACUAUUCCUUCCAUUCGCGACCACUCAAGCUAGGCAUGCUGCAGGGUAACAAGUUCCGCAUAGCUCUCCGUAACGUGACGGUAGAUGAAGAUUGCGUGAACGCAGCGUGCGAAUUACUGCGCACGCGCGGUUUUCUCAACUACUACGGGUUGCAGCGAUUCGGGACCCGACGACAUAGUCCCACUUACACAGCUGGGUUGUUACUGCUGCGGGGAGAUUUAAAACAGGCUAUCGACACUAUCCUAUCGACAGCCAGCGACAGGCGCGCGCCUCACGAAGCGUGGAUGCUCAACGUAUUGGCUCGAUCGCCUAAAGACUACCUCGGCGCCUUGCAGAAGGUGCCUCGCAAUACGAGACUUUUGUAUCUACACGCGUACCAGUCGUGGAUAUGGAACCGCGCCCUCAGCGAGCGCAUCAAACGGUUUGGCCUCACCCCGGCCGUCGGAGAUCUGGUGCCGCUCGCUGAAGUCGACAAGGAAGAGUUAGACGAAGACGAAUCGGACGAUGAAGACCAGUCUAACGAAAACAAGAAACAGGAGAAAAGUAGUUCCGAAAAGGAUGCCAAAACUGAACCCGAAGGCCGAAAAGAGCAAGAGAAAGAUAAAGACACAGAGAAAGAGAAGGAAAAGGAGAAAGAGCAAAAGAGACUAAACAACGACACUCCCAGACCUAAACUGCCAGUUAAAGUUUUAACGCAAGAGGAUGUAGAUAGUGGCGUUCAUUCAAUUUUCGACAUUGUGAUGCCUCUACCAGGGCACAAUAUUGAUUACCCGCCGAAUAUGAAGGAGUAUUAUGAGGAAUUGAUUACGAAGGACGGUUUAACGCUGGAGUUGAGGCAUAAGAUCAAGGUAUUCAGCAUGUCUGGUGCUUACCGUUACAUAUGCGCCCGUCCGCGGGAUAUGUCGUGGCAAGUGGUGCGGUAUAACGACCCACACGCAGACCUGAUACUAUCCGACGCCGACGAGAUCGACGGACGGACCGACACCGGCAUCGUUGAAGAUGGCAAAUACAAAGCACUCCUUCUAACAAUGUCAUUACCAGCUAGUUGCUACGCCACAAUGGCUCUAAGAGAAUUAUUGAAAGUCGAUACUUCGGGCGAUAACCAGGCCUUAAAGAACAAUUACUACAAGAGAAAGCGGGAAGACUCCAAAACCGAAGACGCGAAUGAUGCUGCAGACAAAGGAAGCGAUAAAAAUGGCGAAGAGAAGAGUGAACAAGACAAUAGUGAGAAAGAAAUGGCAGUAGAUGAAACCGCAGAAGGAAAAGAGACAGAAAAUAGUGAAGUAAAAGACGCAGAUUCUGAAUGUACAGAAGCUAAGAAAGCCAAAACCGAUGACAGUGGCCAAUAAAAAGUUAAUCUAAUUCCUUAAUUUUAGUUGCUUAUUUUUUUAUAAGUGUUAACCGUGAAAUUAUCAAGAUACUUCAAGGUCUUAAGUUAUAUUUAUCCGUCAAGUAGGUAACGGAAAAUAAAACAAUAUCAAUGUGAGUAAUCGUUUAAUUAUCACGUUUUAAAAUAAUCAUAAUAAUAAUAACAAUCUUAUAAU